AUGCCGACGAUUUCAGUAAAACGUGCGGUCAAAGUCUUUCUGUUCUUCUUCUUCUUCUCGUUGACGACGACGUUCGUUUUUGCUGACGACGAAAACAACAAUUCAAACUCGACUUUGAUGAAUUCCAAAAAUGAAGCCGCGCAUCGACUUCCUCUCAUCACAACCACCACCACGGAAAAAGAAGAAGACAACAACAAAGAAGAAGAAAGAGAAGCGGAGGUUGGAAAAAGAGAGAAACGCGACGACGAACGAGGAAUGUGUUGCCCCAACGGGGAAGAUUUGUCGUCUUCUUUGCUCUCCUGUUGCGAGGAGGAAGGCGGAUGUUGCUCGAAAACGGGAACGACGACGCUCUUGGAUUGUUGCUUUUCGAACCCAAUGGAUGAGGUGGAUUUGACCGAGGACAAAGAAGAAGAAGAAGAAGAGCGAAAGCAGACGAACCCCGAGAAAGAAGGAGCUCAAGUAGAGACGACUUUAACGAAUCAACAAAACGAUGAUGAUAUCAGCGAGGACGAAAGAGAGGACGUGGAGAGUUUGGUAGAAGCCACGACCUACUGGCCGGGCGGGAAUCGUCGGUUUACGUGGGAGAAUCUGAACGUGCCAAUGCCUUCAGCUGUAAAGAAGAUCAUCGCUGAGAAGAAAGAAACAGAAGAAGAUCGAAAAGAAGAAAAAGGUGUCCAAGAAGAGAUCAACACGAACGCGGCGCCAACCGGGCAAGAAGAAGAAGAAGAAGAAGAAACAAGAAAGACAUUCAAAACGUUACUCGAUAUUUCCUCGUUCAAAAUGAGCAAGAACGAAGUACUUCAAGGCGCCUUAGGAUUCGGUAUUUUCGUUAUUGUAGCGUCAUAUAUUGUUGGUGCUACGUAUACGAGAGAGGAUGGACGAGAGAUUAGCGGGAACGCGAGAGGUUGGUCGGGCGUGCGCCAAGAAAGAGAAAGCUUAUACGACUCGGCGUUCAAGGCGUACGCGAGCGUGUAG